AUGACGGGGAAAACGGGGGAAGCGCUGAGCAAACCCAAAUCCGAGACAGUGGCCAAGAGUACCUCGGGGGGCGCCCCGGCCAGGUGCACAGGGUUCGGCAUCCAGGAGAUCCUAGGCUUGAACAAGGAGCCUCCCAGCUCCCACCCGCGGGCCGCCCUCGACGGCCUGGCCCCCGGGCACUUGCUGGCUGCGCGCUCGGUGCUCAGCCCCGCAGGAGUGGGCGGCAUGGGGCUGCUGGGGCCCGGGGGGCUUCCCGGCUUCUACGCGCAGCCUACCUUUCUGGAAGUGCUGUCCGAUCCGCAGAGCGUCCACUUGCAGCCACUAGGCAGAGCGUCGGGGCCGCUGGACACCAGCCAGACGGCCAGCUCGGAUUCCGAAGAUGUUUCCUCCAGUGACCGAAAAAUGUCCAAAUCGGCUUUAAACCAGACCAAGAAACGCAAGAAGCGGCGACACAGGACAAUCUUUACUUCCUACCAGCUAGAGGAGCUGGAGAAGGCAUUCAAUGAAGCCCACUACCCAGAUGUCUAUGCCCGGGAGAUGCUGGCCAUGAAAACGGAGCUUCCAGAAGACAGGAUACAGGUGUGGUUCCAGAACCGCAGAGCCAAGUGGAGGAAGAGAGAAAAGUGUUGGGGCCGGAGCAGUGUUAUGGCUGAGUACGGGCUCUACGGGGCCAUGGUGCGGCACUCCAUCCCCCUGCCGGAGUCCAUCCUCAAGUCCGCCAAGGAUGGCAUCAUGGACUCCUGUGCCCCAUGGCUACUGGUUCAAGAUGGCUUUCCCAGACGCUUUUCUAAACCCGAAUACCAACAAUUCUUUUUAGGGAUGCACAAAAAGUCGCUGGAGGCAGCAGCUGAGUCGGGAAGGAAGCCUGAGGUGGACCGGCAGACGCUGCCCAAGCUGGACAAGAUGGAGCAGGAGGAACGGGCCCCGGAUGCCCAGGCAGCCAUCUCCCAGGAGGAACUGAGGGAGAACAGCAUUGCGGCCCUCCGAGCCAAAGCUCAGGAGCACAGCACCAAGGUCCUGGGGACUGUAUCAGGGCCUGACGGCCUGGCCAGGAACGCUGAGAAGCCAGAAGAAGAGGAAGCCAUGGACGAAGACAGGCCAGCAGAGAAGCACAGCCCACCACAGCUGGAGGACAUGGCUUAGGAGGCCGCGGCUUAGGUGGAGAGGAGCUGGUUCUGGAACGCCGAGAUUCUGCUCCUCUCAGGGCCUGUGGUGCAGGGAAUCCUCUCCCAGGCCAGGCCAGGCCUGGCUUCUGUUUCUCUUCCCUACACCACAGGCCCUUGAUUACCCCAUCAACUCUAGACACGGGCCGGUUCUGGCCAUAGCUUUGGACCGUGCUGAGACAUCGUGGACCCACUCCUGACUUUAUCCUCCUCUUGCUCAUCCUAACAGCCUGCCUCUGGAGCCUUCUCGCCACCCCAACAUCAAGGUCCUGCUGCCACUCCAUCCCUUGGUGACUCUUGGUUGUCCAAGCCUACCCCUCACUCUCUGUCCCCUCGAGUCUUCCUUUGCAGCUCACUCCCCUCGUGGACUCCACCAGCCCAUGCCUGAAGCCUGUUGCUGCAAGCCCACGGCCUGACACAGUUGUGACCUGGACCCGCACACCAGCUCUGGUGUCCUGAGCCCCCCAGGACUCAGCAGGUCCGCUCCCUCUCCAUCUGUUCCUUCUCGCAGGCCUGGACCUUGGGUUCUGCUGUGUCAAUAUGUUGCUCUGCUGGUCCAUGUGUAACCUCUGCAUCGUCUGCCCUACCCACUGAUGGCCAGAUUCCAGACUAAACAGGGCACGUCUCAGACUGGGGUUCCCCCCUCCCCCGCCGCCCCAUGCCAUGCUGUGGCGCAUCCUCAGGCCCUUUCUCACACCCAGCCUGCCCGAUAGGUUCCUCCUUUGCAGAGGUGGGCAACACCACAGGUAUCAGUGUACAGGCCCUACACCCUUGGGGAAGGGCACUUUUCACCAACGCUGUAGCUCACUGUUCUGCUGUGGAGCUCAAACCCUUACCCAGAGCUCUGGCACCCCGGGGCCUGAGUUUCCGAAGCCUUCUGACUCUUCUGCCUAUGACGUCAACCUGCUGUUAAAGGCUCCCUUCUGCUAGAGCGUCCUACAGACCAGUGGUCUUCAACCUUCCUAGUGCUGUGCCCCUUCAAUACAGUUCCUCGUGUGGUGGUGACCCCCCCCAACCACAAAGUGAUUUUGUUGCCACUUCCUAACUGUCAUUUUGCUACUGUCAUGAAAUCGUAAUGUAAAUAUCUGAUAUGCGACAUCGGGGUGGGGUCGUGACCCACAGGUUGAGAACCUGUUGUAGCCUGUCGGUUCACAUGUGCCCUGCUUUGGAGGAGCAUGGCGCAGCUUGAAAGCCACAGACCCGGCUUCACCUUGGCCUAGGCAUUCCUAAAAGGCCAAACCUAAAGCGGGCCUGGGCUCUGCAUCUGCAUCAAGGAUGUGUGAUAAGGAAGGUAGAGGGGAAAACUCAAAGAAAAGCAAGGCAGGUGGCCAGUGAAAGCCUACACCAAGCUGCAGGCACUCAAGCUUCAUGCUUCAAGCUGUGUGCCCAGGAGCGUGGCCAUAGGUGAGGAGCCAUGGUGGACUGGGGGACUUCUGCCUGCAGAGGAGGAGAGCUGUCCACACCGAUGGCCUCGCUGCAGACGUCCCUCUCCCGUCUUUAUAUUGGUCACGGGGCACACAGCCUUACGGAGUCCUCUGCUCCUGGAUUCCCAGGCCAACCACAAGACCCCCUUCACCCUGUGAAGUUAGGCACCCCAGCCACCUUUGCUGGGGCUGCUUCACCAGAAAGGCCCGAGACACUGAGUGGCGAUUUUAAAUCUGUUUUGACGGUUGGUUUCUUCUUCAUAGAACGUUCCCGCUCCCAAGUUCUUGUCUUCUUCCGGGUUGAGAUGCUAGACUCCAGCCUAACAGAUGUAAAUGAUGUACAUAGCGUGGGAAGGGAAGAAACCGGAUACUGAGGUGUUUGAAACACUGAACUGUCAUAACUUUUAGGUAUUAAAAGCAUAAUUUCUGUGCUGUUUUCUGUAAAGA